AUGAUGUUCGGAAUGAAGUCGAGGGAUAACACAGCUGAAGAACCGAAAACUGAAAGAGCACGAACAUUUGGGACAGUUCUCACGAAGACGACAGACACCGACCAAAGCAAAGAACAAGCCAGAACGGAAACAGCAGACAACAACAGGGCAACAGUGGACCAUGAAACAACUUCUCUUGAGCUGGGCGGUUUGAUGGCAAAGCUAGAGCAGAUCGACAAGAAAUUGAAGCACAGCGAGGAGGAUAGAGAAGUAAUAAGAAAAGAAUUAAGAUACAAUAAACACGAGUACCUGGACAACUAUUUCAACCUGGCCAGGGCAACUGAAGAAAAGAUUCAACAGAUGUCAGACAAGGUAAAUGCCACUGACGAAGAACGAGAGAAGAACAUCAAAAAAGAUCUGCAACAAAUGAAAAACCGAUAUGAUGAUGUCAACAACCAGUUGGGGAGUCUGGAAACGAGGAUGGAAGCAAUGAGCAGGACCCAGGCUGAAAUUUCAUGUGCAAUACAGGCGAAAUUGGAUGCAAUCUUGAGAAACUCUACGUCACAAGACAGGCCAGCAGCGGAUCGCUCGCAAGGCAACAGAGUUGACUUCUUGGAACCACAAGGGAACAAACAGCAAUCGACACCGUUGCCUUUCACCCGGGCGGUGAACACAGCACCAGUAGCUGCCACAUUAAUUAUGAAGAAUGGGACAGCUAAUACAACGAAUGGUCCAGGGGACUCCACAGCUCACAGCAACCCUGGUCCAGACGCCAUGACGUGGGCAAGCACUUGGGAGAUGAUGAACAGGACUCUAGAAUCCUUCGCCACGAGAACACUGACUCGAGUGAUAGAGGAGGGGGCAAGUCCAGGAAAACAUUCAAAAAACCGAAAGAAUUCAAGGACGAUUCGGAUGGAUGCAUUGACACUUGGGUAG